AUCAAAUCUUUUUUUCCUUACAAUCGUUCUCAACAAUCUAAAGUUAUUUACAAAGCCAGUUGUUACGAUUGUAAAGAUUUUUACAUUGGUAAAACUAAACGAAGGCUUCAUGAUAGAAAAACUGAGCAUUUCAAGACCCUCGCUAAAAAUGACCACACAUCAGCCAUUGCUGACCUUGUCAACACCACUGGACACAACAUCAAGUGGGAUCAUUUUGAUAUGUUAAUGGCGGGAAAAACUGAUUAUUACUGGAAAAUCAAAGAAACAUUGCUUAAACAAGAACUGAAGCCAGCUUUCAAAAUAAACGUCAGUAGCGAGAAGCUUAUGCUUUAUUAA